AUGGAGAAUGUCUGCGAGAAGGAGAUUAUAGGGAGAGAUUCCGGGAGAGUUUGCAAUGAGCGAGAUGAAUGCGGAGGAGCAGGAAGGAGAAAUCUCCCAUUUACACCAUCCGAUUUUGUUGAUUCGCAGGUGCUAUCGGAUGGUCAUGAGCUGCACCCAGUUGAUCUACUUGGGCACCUCUCUAAACCUCUCUUUAAUGGCUGCAGAGGCCAUCAUUCUUUUCUUCUCUCUCAGUUUCUGCUAUGUGAUUCAUGGGGUGCACUUCAGGUAGGCUUCUAUGCCUCAACCUGCCCUUCUGCAGAGUCCAUUGUGGCUUCCACCGUUCAGUCUUCUGUCAAUGCCGACAAGACCAUAGCCGCUUCCCUUCUCCACCUACACUUCCAUGACUGCUUCGUUCAGGGAUGUGAUGGCUCAAUUCUCAUUGAUGGGCCGAAUGCAGAGAAAAGGAGCGGCCCCCAUGCCGGUGUAAGAGGGUAUGAAUUAAUUGAGGGUGUGAAAUCUCAGCUGGAACAGACAUGCCCUGGUGUUGUCUCCCGCUCAGACAUAGUGGCAAUGGCAGCAAGGGACGCAAUUGCAUUGAGUGGAGGACCACGUUACGAAGUUGAGACAGGAAGAAGAUAUGGCCGCGUUUCUGCGAUUUCUGAUGCAAGCAUCAUGCCGGACGUCGAUGAUCCGAUUGAUGUACUUAAAUCGAAGUUCGCAACGAAGGGACUCUCUGCUGCAGACUUGGUUCUUCUGAGUGGAGGUAAAAAGAAGCUCUACCUUCAUUGAUUUUGAUAAUCCUGAGUCGCAGUGGUGUGGCAAUGACGCUGAAACUGCAAUUCAAUGUUUGUCUCUUUAUUUUUUCAGUGUGAAUGGUUAAAUCAUGUUCUUUUUAACUGCAUUGAAAGGUAUUUUAGCGUCUUAGAUGCCACCAGGUUUUUCUUUUAACCUUCAAUCUCAACAACUGCUGACUUUAGUACAAAGAAAAUUGCUCUGCCAUCAUGAAAAUGUUGGAUAUUUUCUUCAGAUUGGAUGAAUUUUGGGAAUUGAAUGAAUCUUUAAACUUACCAAUAACCACCGAAACAGAACUUCAAUCGUCAGACAGAAACAGAAGUCAAAGAAGACCCUGUUCUCCCUUUACAAGCCUCUGCAGGACAUGUAGUUUGUGAAUUCAGAGAAGUAGUUCUGAUCUUAUCACUGUAUAAAGCAAUAGGCCCCAGCAGUUAGGUUCAACUCCAGACACCCAGUGAAUAUGAACCUGACCACCCAAAAAGGAAACUUCAAUCAUCAGACAGAACAUAACUCAAAAGAAGACCCCUUUACAGCCACUGCUGGACCUGUAAUUUGUGAAUCCAGUGAAGUCUUCAGCAUCUACCACAGUAAAAAGCAAUAUGCUUCCAGCAUUAAAAGUGAAAAAAAUUGCAGAAAGCCAUUUUAAUUGUCUCAAAAUUGUAAGACACACAGGGUUUCCUUGUUUUUGGUCCUGCUCACAAAGAAAUUCCUUUCAAAGAUACUUCAUUCAAGUCUCUAAUGUUGUACUAUGUUUGCAAAUUGGCAGGUGGACAUACCAUAGGCACCACUGCAUGUUUCUUCCUUGAGUUCCUCGACAUCACUGAACCCAUCUUCAUAGCUCACACAAAGAACCUUUCCAGUCUUCUCCUUCAAUUGACUGAUAGCAAGGGCUUGAAACUUCCUCCUUUACCCUCAAAGGAAUAUCUAAGACAAAACGAAGGUACAUCGUAGUGUAGCAAAAUUCCUAUUCUUGACGUCAAGUGAUAUAUUACCUAGAUUGUUUUCCCUUUUACUUCAAAAUGAGUACGUUGAUAAAACCAAGUGACCUAUGGUUGGCAGUGGAAAACCGACUAGGAUGGUUUUUGCAAACUAGACAUCACAAGAAAUCAUUCCCCUUGAACUGCCCGUGUAAAUAUAGGGCUUUGUGGUGGAAGGGUUCAUAACAAGAUGAAUUCUUCAUACUUCUCCUAUUAUAAGGGUUCCUUGAGAAAAAGGGAAAAAAAUGACUAGGCGAAAAAGUUAAUACCCAACUAAAACACCACUUCCAAAAUUGAGGCGAAAGUUGAAGGUUGAUAAGAUGAAAGGAUGGAUUCCAUAGCCCACGACACAUAAUUUGUAGGUGCAACUUUGAGGAAUGGUCGGAGGAAAAGGUACUCUUUGCCUUCCAUAGUUCCAUUUCACAUAGAAUAAUUAACUCAGAUUAUUGAAAAGAUAUAACAACACACUAGAAAUGAAAAACAUGACAGGUCAAUCUUCUCAACCUAAUCAGCAGCAGCAAGAUUCAAUCUACUUCUUGUCAAAAACUACAAACAUAUGCAACCAGUCUUCUAAUUGCCACAGCAAUUGGUACUGAUGCAGAUCUUCAAAUCAGUCGACAACUAAUUCAGAAUCAAUCAAAAAAAUUUAAAGCUGCAGACGAACAAAACUAAUCACACAUAGCCAAGCUAUGAUACCAUGUGAACAAACUGAAUAUCUCACGAACAGGCAAAUCUAUCACAUGUCUGAAUUCCAAAUUAAUUUAUUAAAUAUCUCACAAAAUAGUUCUUUAAGAGCUUGAUCAGCCAACAAACAGAAAAGAACAGGAUCUCCAACGGCUUGAAACAUAGCCUUUGCAGAGUCCUCGGCUCUCUACAGCUAAGAUAUUCAGCUGCGAAAGCAGAAAAUAAAAAAAAUAAUAAAAUAUUACAAAGAUAAGAAAAUAAAAAAUAAGAGAUUACCAAAAAAAAAAAAACAUACUGCUGACUUCCUAACAUGGUAGAUGCCAUCUAUAGUAAAAGAUAUUCAAUGUUUCAUUGCAAUAUUUGAAAAUCAUGUAUACCACAACAGAUCAAGACUCGUUUAACCAAUCCCUUGGCAUUCCAAUGCAGAAGAACUCAUAUGAAUGAAUGCAUACAGAUAUACAAAUAUCAUAACUGGAUUGGAAAACAAUCGAUGAUCACAUGAUGAUUAUAUACAUAUAUGUUCACUCACUUUUAACAACUACAAGAAAAAAAUCAAUAUUGAUUUAAAUAAUUCUGCUUCUCCUCGGACGCCUCAAAGAAUAACAUGAAAAAAGGGAAGUUAAAGAAUUAAAUUAACUGAGAAUACACUUAUGAAAGCUAAUGACAGACUUAACGUACUCCAUUGUGAAUGAAAUACAAAAAAGUGUUGUUGAAACAUAAAAAAACAAAGUGUACAUACACACAAAAAUUUCAUCAAACAACUUGAGGACUAGUACAUUGAAGACAACAAAUGAGUGAGAGACCCAAGAAAAGAUAACAUACAAGAGCUGCAUCCGCCAUGGCAGACACAGAGCCUUUAGCAAGACAGAGAGAGGGAGGGAGAGAGAGAGAACAGGUUAACCUAGAUGUUUCAGAAACGACCUCAUAUGAGAACACCCACCAGCGAUUAGCGCUGGACAGAAGAGCGGGAGCUCGGAGGAAGACGGGUUGAAUGGCAGUUGAAGAAGAAGAGGGGCGACGCAGGGGAAGCCUGAGGCUGAGAGGUUUAAAAGAGAGGAACGAUUUUUUCCCCACUGAAAACAUUCAGUGAUGGAUUAUGUAUGCCAUGUAGUGAAUUAUAUCAGCCAUGCAAAAUAGCCUCGCUCUAAGAGGAGGACCUUUACUCUAACAUUAGCACUGUAGGUCGAUCAGGGAUAGUAAAGGACAAUACGCUUACCCUAAAUGUCAUCAAGAUUAUUUUCAUUAUUGAUACGAUUUGAUUGACAAUCAUAGAAGGCAUAAUGUGUACUUUGAUCCAACGUCAUCCCUCACAAUGAACGGCUCCCACAGAGCACGUGAAGCCAUACAAUUAUUUCUAUUCGUUGGAGAACUCGUUUUUGAAAGAGAUUUGGAGGGGGCGACAGAAUCGGAAGAAGCAUUAUAGCUAUGGAGAGGAUGAAAAUGGUGCGACAGUACCAUCCAGGACAGAGUUCGUCUUCAUGGUGAAAUACUGUUAGGGUGUCGCCUUGUAGCUGCCAAAAAUGACGCCAAAGACUGCACUCCUGCCCAAGAUCUCAACCCCAGCCAAAUGAAGCCCGUAGGUGAGAGAUACAAGAAGGGUUUUCCCAAAACCGGGUCUCAACCUACUACAAGAGCUGGUGUUUGCAAGGCUUUACAAGUGCGAGCAUUUACUAAAUAUCACUCAGCUCACUCCCAUGCAUUCCGUCCACACACAUAAAUCCUGCUAUACAAUCCCUAGUGCGUGUAACCCAUCACCAAGUGCUCUAGGAAGGUCAAAGUAGCUAUAGCUUUGGAGGGAACCCUGCCGGCCCGGCUAAAAGGCAAGAAGGCAAGCUGAAAUCAAAUAACUCCCACCCCGCAGCUACAGGGUGUCUUAGAGCUCACCUGCCGGAGCUAGUCCGGCGACGCCACCAAGGAAGAAAGUCCACAGCAAGAGUUGUUCCUUGGUAUCCAGCAAAAUCCUCUCCUCGGCAUUGAUUGCUCUCGGCUACAAUCGGGCAGUGCUGCCGCAUGUCCUUGCUUAGCGCAAGAGGAGCAAAUAGUUACUGUCUGACAAGUUACUAUGGCAGAGAGAAGGGUAUGCACUUCAGUGCGGUCCAGUUUGCCCCAAAUUGAUUAACGUUUUGGAGGAAGCGGUCGCUGGUAUGGCACCGGCGGAUGCCCUUCCUUCUCUCUGCCACAACCGGUUCAAGGCUACCGCCAGCAGCUUUCCCUUCUCUUGCUGCAAUGGCUGUCGCUUGAUGAACCUCAGUAGUGGAGAUCGUCACCGUGUGACUGAUUGAACCCCAGUCAAGUGUUGAUCCAGGGGAGGCAAUCGCCGGAAGCGCCGGCGAACGCUGCGAUCUCCACGCAAUCCCACGACUUGGCCAAGCUCCCCGCUGCUGAACAGCCGCAGGAUUCUCCCAAAACAGCAAGCAGAGAAGUCACUAUUGAUUACAAUAAGUUAGGAAAUUUAAUCAACAAAUACGUCACCGGAGAUAGUAUAGAACCCCAGGAGAUUUCGGAAUUGGGGCGUGGCAACUGCCGGUAGCACAGGCGAGCGCAUAUUCUCCAUCUUCAGGUUCAGUGCAGCGCUCGUCCUCUUCUUCAACAGCUCCUCUCGAAUAGGUUCAGCAUCCAAAACAUAACAGCAUCAAAUCCAAACAAUGUAAUAGGAAUGAAAUGCUCAGAAGCUAGGGUCAUCACCAGAUUUCAAAGAUUACCCAAACAGAUUACAGAAUGGGGGCGCAAGCGAGGAUCCCCCCUCGCAAGGUGGUUCAGGGGAUGCACAGGGAUUGUAGACGCUCUCCGAAUUUUAUAAAUUCAAUCCCUGCAGCGUUGCUUCUGAAAUUUGGGCAGUAGCUUGCCGAAGUGAUGAGGAUUAGACACCCCAAAGCUCAGCUUCAAGUUAGCUCUCCAGAAGAAUCACAUGCAGAAAAACUCCUGCUUGAAACAACAGUCUCUGCCCGAUGACGAACAGAGAGCUCCCGUGACGAUUCUCAUCCUUCUUCAGCAGAAUUUGGGGAUUUCUCCCGAAUUGAUUACAAAAUCAGUUAAUAACAGUUCAGAUCAUCAAUUAACAUCAAGGGGUAGUAGAACAAGUCACCAUAUCGCAUUCAAAUCCCAAUUUCUGAGCGAAAUCGGGGAAAACACGCUGCCUGAGAUUCUGGUGGCGAUGUCCGGCGUCGCCCCUCUGGUUUUUCAGCCAAUCUCUCCUCACGGAAAUGGGAUUCCGACGAGGGUGAGGCUGGCGCCAAGCUCGCCACCAAGAGGGGAGAACUCCCGCGGGAGAAAACGAACUCAA